UCGCCGCGUCCGGGAUGUCGCUCACGGAACCAAGAUGGCAUCCGAGGACGGUGCGGGUAUCGUGUCAAACGUAGGAUGCGAUGUAAAUAAUACGAGCGACCGUGCGACCGACCUAGCUGGGAGCGAAGCAGCGGACGGGACGACGCCCGGAACGACCUGGCGGCGCGACGUCGUCGAGGGGACGGCCGUUCGCGCGCGCGAUCCCGCGCCCGAUUCGCCCGGGACGCCCACGGGUUUCCCUGCAGCGUCACCGUUUCACGCGAACACGGAAGGGCACGCGUUACCGAGGGACUCGGGCCCCGCGAGCUCAUCUGGUGAUGCUGGUGAACGGGUCGCGGACGACAGCGAGAUCCUCGCCCAACGGCGCACCAUGUCUCAGCCGGGGACCGACCUGGACUGCACCGUUCGUCUUCCGGAAGAAACAGACGGGAAUCCAGAUCAUUGCAACAAUGAUGUAGUAGUAAAAGCUGCCAGAGAACCAGUUCAACAUGUUAUACAUGCUGAUUCUGCAUGUACCAAUGACAUGAUGUUAUCUGGAAACAUGCAUGCGUUACCUGCAAAGGUAAAAUUAGAAGGCUGUGUGAAUUUCUCCAACAACACCCCGCAACUUGGAGAAAGCCCGCAGAGCAAUGGCGAAGUGAUCAGCAGCCCCAGGAGUCCUGACUAUCCUCCAAGAGUUUCUGUCAGUCCACAUCCUCAUAGUCCGGACACUACAUUCUCCAUCAGCAUGAUGUCGGCCAAUUCUACAGUUAUUAUGGACACUGCAAAAUAUAGUGAAGAAAGUGCUGACAAUGUUGCUACGCAUACAGAUGAAUAUCCGUUUUGCCCAUCGCCAUUGGAAAAGAUUAGCGACUCGCAAAUUGACAUCACAAAAACGGAAUCGAGUAAACAGGAAAAUACCGAGGAUGCUGAUGAAAAAUACAUCACAGACGGAGAAUUAAAAGUAGAAUCCAUUGAAAUUAAGAAGGAACCGACAGACUCCCUACAGGAACUUGAAAAAGUUAAAUCCGAAUGGUUACAAGAUGGUUUCUCCUGUGUAGAUGGAGUGAUUGCUACGACAGUAGCGUCUCAAGAGAAAUCCACUGUUAAUUCAUCUUCCAGUUCACAUUCAAAAACAUAUUCGUCCUCGAGGGAGAAACGUUCGAAAGAAGACAGACGACACUGUUCACGGUCAAAACGUAAAGGGAUAAAAAGGGCGAGUAUCGGUGUACAGUGCAAACGGGAUCGACAUGUGUUAUGCGGUAAAUCUUCCCUUUCCUUCUCAAAGUCGACUAAUGAGAAUCUAAGGUUAAAUCUGCAAACGAAAAACUACAAGAUGCUUAACAAUCCUGUGAUGAAAAGUGAAUUGUUGGAAGGCCUAAAGUACAAGAAAUUUAUUCACAUAGAAACGUAUCCCAAUGGCGGGGCGACGGUAGUCCAUAUGUAUCAGGACGAAAUUGAAAGUUUAUCACGCGAACAAAUGGAAGAAUUGGCUCAAGAGUACUUUAAGGUGGUUUUCGGCGAAGACGAAAACGGAAAUGCUCAUCACGUCAUGGGCAUAGUACACAAUGCAGCUGCAUACCUACCCGAUCUUUUGGACUAUAUGGCGAAUAGUUACCCUACAUUGACUGUAAAGAACGGAGUAUUGGGUAGGAACAGCGACAUAGAAACCACGACAAUGGUUCAAUACAAAGACCAAGUCUGUAAAGCUUACAGCAACGGCACCAUUAGAUAUGGGCCGUUGCACCAAAUAAGUCUCGUGGGCACUGUUCACGAGGAGGUGGGCGGAUAUUUUCCGGAUCUACUGCAGAAAUUGGAAGAGAAUCCGUUUCUAAAAAUGACGAUGCCUUGGGGACCCUUGUCCGUUGUGAAGAUGGACACACCGCAAGAAUCAAACGAUGGCCCUAUCUUAUGGAUCCGACCAGGCGAGCAGUUGGUACCAACGGCCGACAUAAACAAGAGUCCUUACAAACGACGCAGGACCGGUAUCAACGAACUGAGAAAUCUGCAGUAUCUCCCGCGACUGAGCGAGGCACGGGAGUACAUGUUCGAGGAUCGUACGAAAGCGCACGCCGACCACGUUGGUCACGGAUUAGACAGGAUGACCACGGCGGCAGUUGGUGUGUUGAAAGCUAUCCACGGCGGCCAAGCGUCCGAUUACAACAGGAUCACAAAGGACGUUGUAGCUUUCUAUGCCGGUGAUUUCACUGAACUCGUGGAAAAGCUGCAAUUAGACUUGCACGAACCACCGAUAUCACAGUGCGUGCAGUGGGUGGAGGAUGCGAAGCUGAAUCAGCUGCGCAGACAGGGUGUCCGUUACGCCAAGAUAAAUCUCUACGAUAAUGAUAUAUAUUUUCUACCGCGCAACAUCAUCCAUCAAUUCAGGACGGUAUCGGCUGUCUCGAGCAUCGCUUGGCACAUCAGAUUGAAGCAGUAUUAUCCAGAGUCGCAGCACAGUUCGAGCAGUAGGCACAGUCGUGUGGUAAACGAAUCGGCUCAUCGUAUCAAGGAGAAGAAACCUAUAGAAGCUGUUGGCAUAGGCGACGAACAAAAGGAGAACACGAAUCGCCAGCGUUUGGAACAGAAACUGUCGAUUGAUCCUCUCGAGAAGGCAAAGGAAAGGGCGGCCGAAUAUCAAGGUAACUUAAAGAAAUCUGAUCAGCAUGGAAAACAUCGCAAGAGUCGACAUCACUCCAAACAUUCAUCACUUAAACAAAAGAGUAAGGAAGAUGGCAACGAUAAUGCAUCAUCGGAUCCGUUCGGCAGCACCAAGUCGUCUAAGAGCGAAAUCAGUGAACAGAAGCAGAAUAACGACAAAAGAGACGAGAAGAGGUCAGAGAAGAAGCAUAAGGAUCGUCGUCGUAGCAGCGACAAAUCGAGCAGUCAUCACACGCACAGCAGCAACGGCAGUUCUGACAAUUGUCACUCUUGUAAGAAGAAGAAAUAUGACAGCAGCGGUCACAAACUGGAUCAUCGUUGCAGUCAUCACGAGAGAUCCAGCAGUAAGAGCAUAUCGAGUAAAGAAACUGUUUCUGGUGUAGCGGAAACGAGAACAGUUUCGAAAUUUGAUAGCUCGUCAUCCGUGAAGGAUGCUAAGAGACGACUGAGUGAAUUAUCUCCGUUAAAGGACGCGUCCGGAAACGGAGAUUGCCCAAUCGUUCUCGAAGAGGAGAUACUGAAGCAGCGGCAAGCCGUUGGCAAAACGCACGCUACCGAAGUGGUGGACAGGGCGCUAGAGAUAGCCUACAAGUCGAAGACCGACGUCGAGGAGGUUUGCCAGUCGCUGCGUGCUGAAGUCUCGGAGGCGUCGAAGGAGGUGCUAGAAAAGAUUCAUAAGGAGAGCUUUGAGAUUGCCGAACAGUGGUUCAAGGACGAUACCACAAAAUUAGAAAGGUAUUGUCAUCUGCUGGAGAUGGAGACCGUGUUGGCAUUCACGUCGAAGAGGGACUGCGCGACAGAGAACGCCGUUAAGGCAUUGAUCGAAAUGGCAGAGGACGAAGCGAAGGAAAGAGCGAAAAAUGAGAAAACCACUGACUUUGCUACCAGUGACAACACAUGCGGCGAAGAUUCAACGAAGAGGACAACGACGACUAUGACAACGACAACGACGUCGACAACUAGUAUUUCCUCGUAUUCUUCCGUUUCGACCUUCACGUCUCCAUCUACCGAAAAUGAAAGACAUAGUAACGGCAGGAAUGGUAGCAGCGAUGAAAACUCACCGAAAUCUUCGUCCGAGUCUCAAGCGCAUUCGAAAUCAAAAUGCAAGUGCAGAGACGAAAAGGACUACAGGGAGCGGAGGCACAAGAAGAAGAGAGAUCACGAAAGAGAUCACGAGAGGCGGGAGCGAAAGCACGAACGACAUCACCAUCGAAGUCCCCAGAUAAAAUCCGAUUCUAAAACGUCCGACGAUGCUGGCAAGGACGAUGCUGCGAACAUUCCCGAGCUGUCGCACAAUUAUCCGGUCGCCGAAAAAUCGGAACGGUCCAGUUCCAGUUCGAAGGACGACGAGAAAAAGGCGCAGGAGAAGAGAAGGAAAUGCCACUGCGGUCAUCACUGCAGUCACAGACACGGGGAGAAGAGGUCGUCCGGAAGCAGUAGCAGUAACAUCGACAGAGGUAAAGACAGAGUCGACUCAUUCCCACCAGUGACGUUGCAUCAUUCCCACUCUUCGAGUUCAAGACACAAGAGGAAAUCCAGCUCGUCCGUCGAGCACAAGGAAGCGAAGAAAUUGUGCGUGGCAGAGAAGUAUUCGACCACGCAAAUUAGCGAGUCGAGCACUCUGCUGAAUGUGGUGACGGCGACGAUGACGACGACGACGAUGACAGCGACAACGACGGCGACGACGACGACAGCGACGGCGACGGUGACGACAGCGUCGACGACUGCGACGACGACGACGACAACGGCGACAGCGACGGCGAUGGCGAUGGCAACGACGACAAAGACGACAGACUUGUUGCCGGAAAACACUGAUGCGUCAAACACGUGA